AUGACAAGUGGAAAAAUGAAAAUCUUAGACUAUAAAUUACAGACAAAGAAUGACGGUGUUAUUCAAGAAGAACCAUUAUGGAUAAUCUUCAAACUUUACAUGGUGAUUAAGCUUAAGCAAGAGUUAGUGAUGAAUCCUUUCAAAACUAUUGAUGGUAGAAGAACAAACAUGAACAUUGCUGGUCGACCUUGUAAAACUAUACAGUUUGUGAAGAAUAUUAUAAUUCAUGGAACUAAUGUGCAUGAUUGCAAAAGAGGUGGAAAUGCUUAUGUGAGAGAUUCACCAACACAUUAUGGUUUUAGAACACUUUCUGAUGGUGAUGGGAUUUCGAUUCAUAAAGUUGAGGAAUGGAUGAAAUGGAAUAUCAUGUUUUAG